UUCCAACAAUUCCUUUUUGUGUGAUAAAUGCAUUGUUGCAAGUUCAACAUAAAAGAAAUAGAAGUAGACCAAGAAACACAUAAGAAACGGGAGGAAGCAAAAGGCAAAAACAACAUACAACAAUAAAAAAUAUUUUAGAGAACUGAAAAAAGAAAUCAAGUGCAUUGUUAAGAUUAAUUAUAAUUAAAACUGCGAUUUUUCUUUUCGUUGACAUUUGGAACGAAUUUAAAUUGUAAUAAAAAAUACAAAAAAAUGUGGAAAAAAUUAAUGAUAACAUUAUUAAUAGUUACCUUGAGCAUAAGUUAUUGUCAGGCGGGCAGUGUGCGGGGCCGUUCUAGUGGUUACAGCUCAAAGCGUACUUACUAUGGCUCCCAACAGCAACCAGUACAACCCACUCAAGCACCCGCCAUUACACCCAAAGAAUAUUUAGACAAAAAAUCGGGCUUCUCCACCUUUGGCAUUAUAGCCAUUAUAUUUGUAGUGAUUGUUAGCUGUUUGGCCUUUUAUUAUGGCAUCAUGUGCUAUCCGUUCCUGUGUCGAGAUGAAAAGAAAUAUCGUUUUAUGGAUGUUUCUUCCACCAUUACAGCAGCCACCUCACGCUCCAUACAAUCAAUGGAAAACUAUCCGGCUGAUGAAAAACAUGGCCAGAUAAAUGAUGUACAUAAUUUUAAAUAAGUUCCCGAUAAAUGAUGGUCACUAAGGGAGGCAGUUUAAGUAACCGUUAGAUUUAAAUAUGCAACAGAGUAAGACAUUUAUUUAAAUAUUCAAUAAUUUCAUUAAUAUUUCAUUUUUUCUUAUGUUUAUGUGUAGGUAGUUUUAAGCAGAGAUUCCUUAUACUUUCCUUAAAAUUCUCAAUAUGUACAAAACAAUAACAGCUAAUAGUUUUAGCUCUAGUACAUACAGACUACCAUAACUGUGGCCAUAAUUUUGUUUGUAAAAUUUAUCAAUGAUUCCCCCAUCUUAAAAACAUUUUACAUAAAGAUCAAACAAGUAAAAUAGAUUUCCUUACUAGUUUAGCCAACUCCAUAUACACUGCCCUUAUUUGUGUUUUUCCUGUUAAAUUUGUACUACAAGUAAUUUUCUCUUUAAUCAUCUUAUUUUGCGUUGCAUACCUCUAUUACUCUAAAAGACCUUAGCCUACGAAAACCCUCACAAACAUCACAAUCAGUUUCAAUCUCUAACUAUAAUGUUCACUGCUUAAUUUUCCCUUAAGCCAUCAUUUUGAUUUCUUUAGCUUGUUCGUCUGUCUGUUCGAAUACGUUUUUAUAUGUAAACGUGGUUUAAAUCAGUGUGUCUUUCUGGUCUUGUUUCUUGGUUUCUGCUUAUAACCAAUCAUUUCUUGUUUGUACCGAAAAAAUAAUACUUUAGUUUUUCUUCUUUGUUUUACCUUUAUUACUUCAUCUCGUUAUCAGCAGGUAUAAAAAUACAUAUGAACAUACUCCAGACACACAAUUCAUGUGUUCAAAUUUUGUAGUAUUUUUAUGUAAAUUGUCAGAGAGUUCUUUGAAAAUGAUUCAUGUUGUGUUUUUAAUUCCACUUUUUUUUGUGUGUUAUUAAUGCAGUUAAACGUACAGGAAAUUGCUGAAAUAGUAUUUUGUUUAGAGAUUUCUUAAGACUCAAUGGAAAAUUUUGUUUGAGGGUUAGUGUGUUUUUUAAAUUUAAAUAUAGAAUAGAUAUACUUGACUAUGGACUAAUCUACAGACUGGUCUAUAUACAAAUUUAUAUAUUAGACUUUAGACAUAA